AUGAAUGAUGCAGAAUCAGCAUCGGGUGCUCAACGACCCAUUGUUUCUCCUACUGGCAAAGCAACUCAAGUCAAACUUGUACUAUUAGGUGAAUCAGGUGUUGGUAAAUCCUCGCUUGUUAUGCGAUUUGUGAAUCGUGAAUACGUUGAAAACCGCGAGCCUACUAUUGGCGCUGCAUUUUUGACGCAGAAAUGCCAUCUCGACGACCGAUCCAUCAAGUUUGAAAUCUGGGAUACAGCUGGUCAAGAACGAUUCCACUCGCUCGCACCAAUGUAUUAUCGUAACGCACAGGCUGCUAUCAUUGUCUAUGAUAUCACAAAGGCUUCGACACUGGAUAAGGCAAAGUCGUGGGCCAAAGAGCUGCAAAGACAAGCCAACUCUGGCAUUGUGAUUGCUUUGGUAGGCAACAAGCUGGAUCUUGCCGAAGGUGGCGCCGAAGACGACAGCAGCAGCACCGAGGAUAACGAGCGACAGGUAUCGGAAGAAGAUGCACAGGCUUAUGCAGAUGAAGCUGGCCUUCUGUUCAAGGAGACGAGUGCAAAGACCAGCAAAAACGUGGAUGCUAUCUUCACUGAGAUCGCCAAGAAAAUCCCAUCGGAGUAUCUCUUCUCUGCCAGCAGACCCGAUGGCCGUGGCGCACGAGGUGCUCACGGCAACAUUGACUUGAUGCAGCCUGCUGCUGAGCAAAGGUCGUCUGGAAACUGUGCUUGCUAG